AUGGCAAAUGCACUUCAUCUGUCGAAAUUAAGUCGCGGUCAUGUCGAAUUUUCUGAAAGUGGUUCUCGUUUAGAAAUCUAUCCCGAUUCCAAUGAAAAACCACUUAUGCAUUCUUCAAAACCUAAUCAAUGUCCUUAUAUACCAAAAACAUAUUCAACAAAACGUGGUCCACUUGUUAUAUUUGCUGAGACUGAUUUCAUGAAAAAUUCAAAAUCAAAAUCUCGUCGCGAUAGGAGACUCUUACAUCAUAAUUUAAAUUCGCCUUCUCUGAUAAGUCCACCACCACUUAAAUAUGGUGAAUUAAAGCGAAGUAUCUUAGCCUAUGGUGGAACUCCUGAAAAUCAGUUAGCGGAUGGCGUUGUUGAUGAAGAUGGUACCUAUAUCAAUAUGAAAAUACCAUCAAAGAAACGUUCGCAUGCAUCAAAAUAUGCUGGUAUUAGUCCAAGCGUUGCUAUCAAACGACGAUUUAUGAUUGCCAGUCAUGAAGACAAAAAACGAGAUAUUGAUUCUAUUCUUGAUAGUGAUUAUUCAGCUUCUCGAAGUCACCGUUAUUCAAUGAUGAAAACACAUAUACUUAGCGACGAAAUUUCUCUUAUUCCUCCUAUUUAUCGAAAUCCAGAUUUAGCUCAACAUUCGCCAGUAUUCGUAUCAGAUAAUUAUCGAUUUUUUAAAAUUGAAAAUAGUACUUGUUUAAAUGGCUUGUAUCCUGAAGAAACAGAACGAAUGAAUUCUCCGGUACAACACCCAUUACAAAUAUUCGAUUCAAAAGGAGCUCAUUUAUCUUAUGAAACAUUAGCGCAAUCUGAAAAAGAAAAAAUCCUUGCCGAUUUACUUAUACAAACAGCCUUGCAGAAUAUUGCUGACCAACAAAAUAUUGAAAUAUUUGAAGACGCACUUAAUCGAGUACGAGAUUCAGAUAUGAGUCAAAGCUAUUCUACAAUGGAUAUUCCACUCGUGGAUGAAAGUACUCUAACGUUUUUACAAUUAGAAACACGCAGCGAUCGGCAUCAACAUCAUAAAAAUUCUCAAGCUGCAAAUCAAUUAUUAGGACACGAAAAUUAUAUGUUUGGUAAAAUGCCAGGAAGUAGAUGGGCUCGAAAUCGACAAAUGCAGACGAUUAUUAUACCAACUAAAGGAGCAAAUGAAACAUGUAGCAACGAACAACAAACUGAUACAUCAAUUAAUGAUGAACUCAAUACUGCUUAUACUCAAACUAUGAGUGACUUUGUUCAUUCGAAAGUUAUGCGUGCAUCUCGUCUAUUAGCACCGUUACCAAAUUCAUCUCAUCAAGAAUUUGCAUCGACACGACAUCAGCCAAAUCCAUCAGUAAAAUUAUCUACGAAAUUACGAAAAUCUCUUGAUACUGAUUCUGUUCCAAAUAAAUUAACAGUAAAAACAAGACGUAAAUCUGUAGAUCAUGGAAGUUUCAAACAUCAUUUAACACCCAUACAGGUACAUCAAGAUCAUAUAACAACAACAAAUCAACUAAUUGAAAAAGAUAAAUCUUUACUAAAUUUAUUUAAUCGUCAACAUUCAUCAAAAAGUUCAAAACAAGAUUUCUCAAGAAUAGGAACUGGAAAAACAUUUGCAACAGAUCGGUGUGGUACAUCACCGUUGAGUAUUCAAGAAGAAGCCGAAAGACUCUUAACUAUUGCUUCGAUUCGAGAAGAAAAUGAUAAUGAUCAUGCUAAUGAUAAUAAUAAUAAAACUGAUACUAAUACUAAUGAUAAUAAUAAUAAAAAUGAUACUAAUACUAAUGAUAAUAUAAGCAGAGAAACAACACUUAUCGAUCCAACAGAAGAUACACUUCUUCGUAAUGUAACACGUUCACCUGGGACAAAAACAGAUGAGGAACACGAUCAACAUGUUCAUCCAUCCGCAAUGAAUAUAACAGAAAAUUCUAUAAUAAUGCGAGAACCAAAUUUUCUACGAUCUGCUUAUACGCAUCGAUCUCGUGGAACAGAAAAAUCAAAAAAUUCAGCAAUGGUUCCACCGGGCGCAUUAUUAAUUGCACCUGAUGGCGAAGUUCUCUUGGUUAGCGGACCAUCAGGUCAUCCAGAAAACGUACAUGUAAAUAUUCCGAUAAAACAUGACCCAUUUUCUCAUCAUCAUCAUUCGGCAAAUUCGAUAGUAGUAGAAAACAGUGAUCAACAAGGAAUAACUGCACCCUGUGUGCCAAUCGUUCUCGGAACAAAACGUGAACGUUUACCAGAUGAAACAGUUAUUCGGCGAACUUUAAAUUUAAACGGUGGUGAUGUUAAUUGCCAAAUUGAUCUUCAAUCGUGGAGUUUUGAUCUGCCUCUUGAAAAAAGACGCAUAGUACCAUCACAAUCGCACGCAUUGGUUCCUGCUCCACCGCCUGUUGGACUUUCACCAUUUACGGGCCGUAAACAUCACCAUCAAAAACGAAUUGCUCAAGAAAUACAAGAUCACGCUGUGCUUCAAUCGACCUUGUCCAUGCAUAGUGAAGCAAUUCCAACACAACAGCAACAACAACAACAGCAGCAACCUCGUACUCGUGCUUAUUCAAAUAGUAAAACUCGAUUAGGAGCCGAAUCACAAUUGCCACUUUUCGCAUUUACAUCUUGGGCAUAUCAACAGCCACGAACUCCACCAGUAGUCAAACGACCUUAUCUAUAUAAACCAGAUUAUCGACCUUCUGGUGCGCAUGGAUCUAAACAUCCAAUCGGCGACACAGAAACACUGAUCAGACGAACAAUAAAUGUUCAUGCUGGUGAUAUCGAUGCAUCAUUAAGUUUUACCAUUUGGGUUUACGAUAUGUGGAUCAAUGAUUUAGUUAAAAAUGGUGCUGAUCCAAAUUAUGUAAAACAAGUGAAAGGUCUUUUUGAUUUAUUCAAACAACGAAGAUUAAGUAAAGUCGAUUUACAAGAUAAAGACUUUCUUACGGCACUGGCAAAUCAUGCACAAUCAUUAGCUAGAAUUAUAUUGAAGCGUACCAGUUCUGGACAUCAUCUUGCGCAAGAUGCACAGUUUGCAAUUAUUGAAAAUUUACGCAACUUAAAAUAUCUUCUUGACGAAAGACUUGAAAGUCUAUCCGAUGAUGACUAUCGAGAAAUUCUUCGAGAAACUCUUGGACUUGUUUUAAGUAAAGGAAGUCUAGAACAUUUAAAAAUCACAGACGAUGUUCUUAUGGCACUUAUGGAUUAUCCAAUAGAAGCAUUUGAAAUAUACAUAGAUCCUGACACAGGUGACGAACAUAUUCGUAUAAAAAGUGCAUAUCUCGUAAGAAGAAAUAAAAUCAAAGGCAAAGUAGCAAAGAAGAAAACAAAAACUGUAAUUAUUUCUGAAGAAAUCUCAACUGAUGAUUUCGAUCCAAUAUUCGAUGAAACAAAUGGUGAAUAUAUUUAUCGAUUAAAAAAGGAUUUCGCUGAACAGAAAGGUUUCAUGGACUUAAUCGAAGCCAAUUUCGAUAUUGUACCAGAUGAAGAAAUCGGUGCAGAAAUAGUUAAAAUAAAAUCAUUACCAAAUUACAAUAAUUUAACAGGUGAGCAUUAUUUAAUAAGAUCAUCGUUGGAAUUUAACGGUGUUAUCGAAAUUUUUUUCGAUCCGGAUACUGGCAAACAAAUAUUAGUAUUGAAAAAAGAAGUUUCAAAGACACCUCCUGUAAUUCAAUCAGAUAUAGCAAUGGACGACUUCGAAUUCGUCAAAGAUGAAAAGACCGGUGAAACCGUAUUAAGAUUAAAACUUGAUGCUGCUGCUAGAAAAGGAUUAACUGGUUUAGCGAAUACCAAUUUUGAAGUUGUUAUUGAUCCAACAACAGGCCAAAAAGUUGUACGUAUAAAAGAUGAUGGACAAAAUGAGACAAGUCGUAAUCGAGUAGAAAUUGUAACCGAUGCAAAAACUGGUAAACAAACGAUCCGAAUGAUUGCUCCUAUUGAUGAUGCUGAUGAGUCAGAUGAACCAAUUGUUACAGUAACAGAAAAUUGUAUUGAUUUAAAUGAUUUCGAACGUGUGAUUGAUCCCAAAACUGGCCGAGAAAUAUUACGAAUGAAAGCUGAUGUAAUCAAAGCGAAAGGCUUAGAUGAAUUAGCCAAUGCAGUAUUUGAAAUUGUUAUUGAUCCUGUCACUGGUCAACAGAGAAUCGUUCUUAAAUCUCCUUCAUCUUCUCUUAGUGGUGGAACAAAUACAACGUUUGAAAUCAUUGUGGAUAUUGUAACAGGCGUACAAAAGAUAAUUAAACGAACCAUUAUUAAACAAGAUAAAGAUGAUAUGGAUAUUAUUGAGAGUCAAUUAAAUGUAAAUGAUUUUGAACGUGUCAUUGAUCCUAAUACUGGUCUUGAAGUAUUACGAUUAAAGAAGGGCGCUGCUGCACGUAAAGGUCUAACUGAUUUACUUGAUGUACAAUUCGAAAUGGUUACCGGUGCUGAUGGAAAGCAAACAAUUGUAAUUAAAGGCGGUGGCAAGCAAGGCAGUGCUGGUGAUGCUCAAUUUGAAUUAAUAACGGAUGCAUCGGGUCGAACAACAAUUAAAGUUAAAAAAGAACGACCACCAACACCUGAAUUAGAAGUGACUGAAAAAGAAAUUAAUUUGGAAGAUUUCGAAGAAGUUAUUGAUGUAAAAACAGGUAUGAAAGUACUCAAAUUAAAAGUUGACGUAGCUAAACGGGCUGGUAUGAUGGACUUACUUGAUGCUCAAUUUGAAACUUAUAUCGAUCCUAAAACUGGUAAGCAAGCGAUUCGAGUCAAGCAAGGUGAUAACUCUAGACCCAAUGAUGUAAAAUUCGAAAUAGUAACUGAUGCAUCAGGUAAACAAUCACUUCGAAUGAUUCAAGAAAUUCCCAAGACCAUUGAAGUAACUAAUCUGGAUGUAAAUGCUAGUGACUUUGAAGAAAUCGUUGACAAUAAAACCGGCAAGAAAGUUUUACGUAUGAAAAAAGAAGUUGCGAGACGAAAAGGUUUUGUUGAUAUGGAUAGUGUGGAUUUUGAGUUUGUAAUUGAUAAAAAUACUGGCCAACAAGUAAUACAAAUGAAAACUAGCACAGGAAAAGUAACAAAAGGUAAUGUGACAUAUGAAAUGGUGAUUGAUCCUAAAACUGGCCAACAAACAUUACGUAGGAAGGAAGAAGUGGACGUUCAAUUUGAAACAAUUGAAGACGAUUUAGCUAAUGAAGAUUUUGAAGAAUUUAUUGAUGAAGUUACCGGUGAACGCGUACUUAAACUAACAGCAGCAGCAGCAGCUAGAAAAGGUCUCGAUGAUUUACGUGACGUUGAAUUCGAAGUUUAUACAGAUCCAAAUACUGGCAAAGAACAAAUACGAGUUAAAGGCGGUAAUCAAACAGGAAAGUUAGGUGGUAAACAAAAAUUUGAAUUUUAUGUCGACGAAAAAACGGGCCUACCAAGGAUAGUACUUAAACGACCAAAAGGACGAACACCUCCACCCGUAGAAGCAUCGAUUGAUGAAAAUGAUUUUGAAAAAGUUACUGACCCUGUAACUGGAAAAGAAUUCUAUCGUUUUACCGAUCAAGCGAUUCGUCGAAAGGGAUUAUCGAAUGUUAAAGAUCUAGAAUUUGAUAUUGAAGUUGAUACGGAAACUGGAAAAACAAUUAUGAAACCAAAAGUUAAUGUUCUAAAUGGUCAAAAAGUAGAAAUGAUAAUUGAUCCUCAGACUGGCGAACAAACAAUUCGUUUUAUACCACAAAAACAUGUAGAAAAAACGGCAACAAUCACAACAACAAUUGAUUUAGAUCAAGAUGCAUUCACAGUUCGUAUAGAUCCGAAAACAGGAAAAGAAGUUUUCACGUUAAGUCAAAAUGUAAUGGAAAGUUAUGGACUGGAAAAUAUCGAAUUCGAACAAGUUGUUGAUGAAAAGACUGGAGAAACAGUUUUUCGUAUGAAACCUGCUGUUGGAAAAGAUGGAAAAGUCUACGAAUUAGUAACUGAUCCAACAACUGGAAAGCAAUCAUUGCAAGUCAAAGAAACGGUAACAAAAGAUCAGUUAGCAAACAUAAUCGAAUCUCGUGAAGCUCGAGGACUGAGAAUUCCAAGAACCAACAGUGGAUUCACUCGAAUGUCGGCUUUGACUGAAGAAGAAAGGAAUUUUCUACCAUCUGGCAUUUCAACACGAACAAAGAAGAAAGAGUCUACUUUAUCUCCUGAUGACGAUACAUCCGAAUCACCGGUUGAUAGUCUUAGUGAUGUUAGACGUCAAUCUCAAGCUGCAUCAAAACAACGGCCAAUUAGAGUAAAAAGUCCUUCGGGACAAGACGAUGGAGUCGAUUGGACAUCCGAUGACGAAAAACAAUUAGAUGGUUUAAGUACUUAUGAACAACGACGACGAAAAGAACAAAUGAUAGCUGAGAAAAAACGUCGCGUAGCUGAAAUGAAACGACAAGAAGAAUUUGCGAUUCAAAAUCGUUUAAAAAAACAACGAGAAAGUUUGGUUGAUGUUGAUCGUGCAAGUGAUCUUUUGAAUGCUGAUGAACAAGAACGGGAACGUGAUCUACGUAAAUUAGAUAUUGACCGUGAGGGUCUAACUGACGAAGAAUAUCAAGAGCGUCGAAAAAAAUUAUUUUCCGAACGUACUCGCGUAUUGAAAGCAGCAUACGAUCGAAAAAUGGAUCGACUCAAACGACAAAAAGGCAUUCCCGAUGGUACUCGUAUCGAAGGAGAACAAGCUGCUCAACUAGAUGCACAAAUUCGUGCUGAAGAAGAAACACUCUUGAGUAUGAUGAAUGCUGAAGAACGUGAAGAUUAUAUUCGUGCGCGAAAUGAGGAACGUGCUCGACAACGUCUGCUAGCCGAACGUGAACGUUUUAAACGUGGCGAAGAAUUACAAGCAGCGUUAGCUGAAACAAAGCGCAUGGCUACUAUACGUGCAGCUGAAAUCAUGGCUAAAGAAUUACAACAUCGAUCGAAUAAUGUGAUGUAUGCAGAAUUAAAAGAUUUAGUAACUGAACAAAAAGUUUCGCGUGCUUUUACAUAUUCAUAUUUUUCACUUUUACAAUUUUUGGCUUCAUCUUCGUCUAAUCAUACUCAUUGA